AUGGCUCUUUCUGAACAACCUACAUCGGUCUAUACGCCGCCGCUAGGUCUUCGAACUUUCAUGGACGAUUUCCGCGAAUCCAUCAACAGAUGGCACAAUCUUCAGCUGAACACAUACGACGAUCUACAUUCAUUUUCUAUAGGCGCCAACGGCCCAACCCGGAAUCUGUUCUGGAUGGGAUUGUGGCGAUAUCUGGAUAUUAGAGCGUCAGUGCAACCCACUAUUGCCAUUGACGAAACCAGAGGAAUUGCCACUUUUCCAGAAUUUUACACGGAUGCAAAACUGAACUUCGCCGAGAAUCUUCUGUCGCAAGUAGAUGGUAGCGAAAAGACGGCGAUAAAAGUGCUGACUGAAGAUAAUCUAUAUUUGGAUGGACCGGAACUUAUCUCCUGGGGUCAGUUGAGAGACCUCGUGAGGCAAUUGGCAGAUGCACUGUCUGCUUCUGGCUUAUCGAAAGGCGGGGUGGUGGUUGUUGUAGGAGGGAAUAACAAGAUGUCACUCGCCUUGAUGCUGGCUACUGCGAGUCUAGGGGGAGUGUUCUCGUCAUUUGGAACAGAUUUAGGCGAAGGAGCAUUACGAGACAGAUUAUCUCAGCUCAAACCACAAUUCCUAUUUACCAAUACUAAAUACAAAUAUAAUGGCAAGACGCACAGCAUCAUACACAAAGUGAAAUCUGUAUGGAACAGUAUCACCAGGGCUGCAAACUCAGAACUCAUCACUACAACGCCGCCUGAUGAUAUUAGUGAAAACUCAUCGACAAUCCAACUCAAGGAUUUCGUCAGAAGAGGAACAGGCAAGCAUCUUGAGUUCUUACAGGUCCCUUUCAACACACCGCUCUUCGUCAUGUUCUCCUCUGGGACAACUGGAGUUCCCAAGGCUAUUGUUCAUUCCCACGGGGGUGUACUGAUCAACCUCAAAAAGGAAUAUAGACUGCAUUGCAAUUUCGAUGACACCGAUGUCUAUUUCCAUUAUACGGGCAUCGGAUGGGCGCUUUGGAAUAUCAUGCUGGGUGCGCUGCUCUGUGGUACCACGGUCGUUCUCUAUGAUGGGUCUCCUUUUUAUCCCAGUGCCCAAGAGUUUCUCCAACGCAUUCUCUCCGCCGGUGUGACAGCAUUCGGCGCCGGGCCAAAAUAUUUCUCUGAGCUACGGCGCAUGAAAAUAAAUGCCAGAUCCAUGGCUAAUAAUCGACUGAAGAUGCUUCUGAGUACCGGUGCCAUUCUCACCCCAUCGCUAUCCUCGUGGAUGGCCGAGUCCUUCGGUCCUCUGUGCCAGAUUAGUUUUUCGGGCGGAACGGAGCUCUGUGGCUCGUUUGUCCAUGGCACUGUCAGUCUACCGACAUAUCCUGGGGAGAUCACCGUCAAAGCAUUAGGAAUGGCCGUCGACGUGUAUUCUACAUCGUCAUCACAACAAGGCCCUGGUCGAGGUUUACCAGCAGGAGAAAGCGGGGAGUUGGUUUGUACAGAGCCAUUUCCCAACAUGCCGUUGCAUUUUUUGAAUGAUCCUGAAAGAAAGAGAUACAUGAACGCAUACUUUUCCCAAAUUCCGUCCGUGUGGACUCAUGGUGAUCGCAUGUCUAUUUCUCCUCAUACCGGAGGCAUAUACAUCCUCGGUCGCAGUGACAGUGUACUCAAUCCCGCCGGUGUGCGUUUUGGAAGCGGAGAAAUCUAUUCCAUUCUCGAGAAACAAUUGGCUGGUGAUAUCGUAGACUCGAUUUGUGUAGGCCAGCAACGAGCAGUGGAUGAAACGGAAAAGGCCAUCUUAUUUGUGAAAGUUUCAUCGCCAAUCUCUGAUGAUGAAUGGCUGGGAUUGAAAAGGAGGAUACAAAAGUGUAUAGCCAGUGGUCUUUCACUUCGCCAUGUUCCAUCUGACAUAUUUCGAGUAUCUGGUAUUCCAUACAAUAUCAACGGGAAGAAGAUGGAGAUCCCGCUAAAGGCUGUCGUGUCAGAGGGGAGGCAAGCCUUUGAGAAGAGGAAACUCGCGGCUGAAGAGAUAGCGGUUUUACAGGAGUACGUCAAGUAUUAUCAAUAUCCGGAGGGAAAGGCAGCGAGAGAUGGUAAAUUUAUCAGGAGCAAUUUGUAG